AUGUCGUCUUCAUCAUCGUCGACCUCUUUUGAUUCGUUCGGUUCCGAAGAUUAUGAUGAUGCCGUCGAAAAUGCCGUUGUUGGCGCCAUUACCUUAGCCAUGAGGGUCGCGCAAGAGGAGGAGGAAGAAGAAGAGAGGCCGCGUUUUACUAGAAGGGUGGUUCUUGUACGUCGUCGCGCAGAGGCACAAGAAAACUUGAUGCGAGACUACUUUGCGGAUCAACCGACUUACACCCCGCGACAAUUUAGACGGCGGUUUAGAAUGCUUAAGGGUUUGUUUUUAAAGAUUGUUGGCGACAUGGAACGGGAGUAUAGAUAUUUUCAACAAAGGGUAAACGCCGCGGGAAAGCUUGAUUUUACCGCACUUCAAAAGUGUAUGGCCACAAUUCGACAACUAGCGUAUGGCGUGACGAGCGAUUUGCUUGACGAGUAUUUGCAAAUGGCGGAGAGGACCUCACGGGAGGCGCUUGGGCAUUUUUGUAGUGGUGUAAUUCGAUUGUAUGGUCGUACAUACCUACGUAGACCAACAUGGACUGAUCUUCAGCGUAUAUAUGAUGUGCAUGAAAGAGUUCAUGGUUUUCCCGGUAUGAUUGGUAGUAUUGACUCGGUUGCAUCGUAUGAUCUAUGGAUUUGGAAUGCUUUCUUUGGGCCACAAGGGUCUCCUAAUGACAUCAACGUAUUCGAGUCAUCUCCUGUGCUUGAAGAUCUUAUAUCCGGUUUGGCGCCCUCAGCAUCUUUUUAUGCAAAUGGUAACUUCUACGAGAGAGGGUACUACCUAAGCGACGGGAUAUACCCCGAGUAUGCUACAUUCGUCAAGACUUUUACCGAUCCAAUUGACGAAAAGAGAAAGCUUUUUAAGAAAAAGCAAGAGGCGACACGUAAGGGUAUAGAAAGGGCUUUUGGUGUGUUGAAAAAAAGAUGGAAGGACGAGGACAAGGCCAUAUGUCAAGACUACAAUCCGGAAGAACCUUCUCUAGUACUGGGCUAUUGGGAACAAAUGACUCCACUCGAAGAACGAAUUCAAAACCGCCAUACUAUUAAAAGCCGAGAAACACACAACAUGCUUACGGCGGACUUGGUUGAUCAUCUUUGGUCGAUCCAACCACAUGACUUUGAUCCUGAUAACGAGGACCUCCUGGAUCUCAACGAGUAUGUAAGUUCGGACGAUGAGUAA